AUGUGUAAUGUAGAAGUACUGCGAGUGAAUGAAGAAGAAUCUGUCGAUCUGAAGACUGAAGUUACUGACAUACAGAGAGUUGAUCUGAUAGAGUGGAGAUUUGGAGAUAAAGAAACUCCCAUAGCUCAAAUCAGUCCUGUCCUCGGAAGCCCCAGUACUUCUGAUAAAGGUCUAUUCAGAGAUAAACUGACGCUGAAUCGUCAAACUGGAGAUCUCACCAUCAAUGACAUCAGAUGGGAACACACUGGAGUUUAUAAACUGAAGAUCACCAGAGGUGGAAAAACAUCAUACAAGACAAUAUCUGUGUCUGUCAAAUGUGAAACAAAAAUACUGGAAGUUGAUGAGUGGAAAUCGGCUGAUCUGAAGACUAAAGUUAAUGAUAUAAAGAGAGAUGAUGUGAUAGAGUGGAGAUUUGGAGAAACUGUCAUAGCCAAAAUCAAUCCUGCCAACAAUAUAUCCAAUACAUAUGAAGGUGAUUAUUGUGAAUUCAAAGGUAAACUGAACCUGAAUCCUCAGACUGGAGAUCUCAACAUCAAAGACAUCAGACAGAAACACACUGGAGAUUAUACACUGAAGAUCAUCAGAGAUGGAGAAACCUCAGAAAGGAAAUUCAGAGUGUUUGUCAGAGGUAAUGUAGAAGUACUGCGAGUGAAUGAAGAAGAAUCUGUCGAUCUGAAGACUGAAGUUACUGACAUAAAGAAAGUUGAUGUGAUAGAGUGGAGAUUUGGAGAUAAAGAAACUCUCAUAGCUCAAAUCAAUCAUGCAGACAAUAUCUUCAAUACAUAUGAUAAAGGUCUAUUCAGAGAUAAACUGAAGCUGAAUCGUGAAACUGGAGAUCUUACCAUUAGUGACAUCCGAUGGGAACACACUGGAGUUUAUAAACUGAAGAUCAUCAGAGGAGGAAAAACCUCAUACAAGACAAUAUCUGUGUCUGUCAGAUGUGAAACAAAAAUACUGGAAGUGGAUGAGUGGAAAUCUGCUGAUCUGAAGACUGAAGUUACUGACAUAAAGAAUGGUGAUGUGUUAGAGUGGAGAUUUGGAGAAACUCUUAUAGCUGAAAUCAAUUCUGCAAACAAAAGCCCCAGUACACCUGAUGUUGAUCUUUUCAGAGGUAAACUGAAGCUGAAUCCUCAGACUGGAGAUCUCAACAUAAAUUACAUCAGACAGAAACACACUGGGGUUUAUAAACUUAAGAUCAUCAGUGGUGGAAAAACCUCAGACAGGAGAUUCUAUGUGUCCGUCAGAGGUAAUGUAGAAGUACUGCGAGUGAAUGAAGAAAAAUCUGCUGAUCUGAAGACUGAAGUUACUGACAUACAGAAAUAUGAUGUGAUAGAGUGGAGAUUUGGAGAAACUCUCAUAGCUGAAAUCAAUCCUGCCAACAAUAUCUUCAGUACAUAUGAUAAAGGUCUAUUCAGGGAUAAAAAGCUGAAUCAUCAGACUGGAGAUCUCACCAUCAGUGACAUCAGAUGGGAACACACUGGAGUUUAUAAACUGAAGAUAAUCAGAGGUGGAAAAACAUCAUACAAGACAAUAUCUGUGUCUGUCAGAUGUGAGUAA